AAAAAUUUAUUAUUUUUUAUUGUUUUCUGUGCGUUGAGUUUUAUGCAACUUGAAAAAAGUUCAAGUGGCUCUCAAGGUAAAGAGACAUGUGUUACAUAUGCCUCAUGAGGCCGCAGGCUCAAAACUAGCGUGAGUUAAAUGCAACUCACAUGGUAGUUAAUGUGUUAAAACUCGAGCCACCUUGUUUACAGCUGGCCUUUAGUGCCACCUGCAGGCUCUGAGGGUACAAACACGGUUUGAUAGCUAGUGCAGUGCAGUAGUGGUUCUCAAACUUGAGGACAUCAGUCACCUGGGGAGCUCCCCAACGAGGUUCCAAUUCUGAAGGUCCUGGGCUGGGGCCUGAGAAUGUGCAUUUCUCAUAAGUUCCCAGGUGAUGCUGAUAUUGCUGGUCGGGGGACCCCUUCUGGGCCCACUGAACUACUGCAGUGAGGACCACUUCUUGGGAAGUAGAUUAGGAUCCAGGAAUGGCAAGCCCUAGGUGCUCUAUGUGGGGGGUCAGGGGAGUGCAUAUAAGUGCAGGGUAUUAGGCCCAUUUUCACAGAUGUUUUUGUUGUUUUUUCCUGCAGAUGGGAAUUCAGCCCACUUAGUUAUGCAUUCAAGAGUAGGAGACCAUAUACCCUUGGCUGAGCGAGCACCAUAGCACCACAUUAAGGGACCAACAGUGAAGUUGGACCCUUAAUAAGUAAAGCAAAGAUUAUUAAACUUUUUAAAAAGUAUCGGGUGGAGGCAGUCUAUACUCAGUUUUAGACAACUUCUGGAAUCUGAAGAACUUACUCUGUAUACUGAAAAGUGAGCAUAUUAACCAACAGGCCAAUAGAACUUUAAAGUGAUUUACUCAUGAGAUACGUGUAAAACCACCUAACCUUGUGAUGAUACCUUUUUCUAACAUUUAAUUCAUAUUAUUUAUCUAGUUGCUUACCACAGCACUGUGUUAUAUCUUGAAGGAUAUAUUUAAGAGUUCGAUUUAGGUCUCUUUGCUUCUAGUUUUCAAUUUGUUGGGAGAAACCAAAGAUCCCAGAUAAACCAGAGCUGGAACUUGGAAGGGAUACUUGUGAGGUGUUCAGACUCAGAACCUUGAUUUUCAUAGGCAAGUGGAGACAGAACUGCUUCCCCUUUCAGCAAGGUAAGCAUUUCUUUUAGUUUGAGACAGUCUUAAAUGUUUCUCUAAAAUGGCCUGGAAAUACUAGCCUGUUUGCAGUUUUAGUUACUACAGGAGGCCAUUAACAUCUCUAGUUUUUGGAAGAUGGUAAAAGUUUCCAUCCCUCUUUGCUGCCCUGAAAGUAAACGUUCGAAUCAUAUUUUUAGUAUUUUUCUAUGUUCCAAGUGUCGUACAUUUGUCAGUUCUGCUAAGUUGAGAUGGAUGCAGGUGUGCAAGGUCUGCUGAUUCAGAGUGUAGGAUAGAAGACUGCGUUUAUUGCUGUUGGGGCUGAACCAUUAACAGGGUUCAUCUCCAAGGAAAUGUUAAAACAUUGGGAAAUCCUAAUGCGUGAGGGGAAAAAAAAGAACAAAUGAUUUCAGGACCUUUCAAAAAAAAAAAAAAAGACAACAAAACUCACUUGGGUCCACUUAAGCUGAUUAAAAUGUUCCUUAAUUAACCCCCUGAUUAAAAAGUCCUGAGAGCAAUCUGGACUUCAAAUUUUCAGUGGUGGGUAAAUUUGACAAUAAAAUGAUUCCCCUUUAGUUCAUGAAAAUACAUGUUAAAAAGUAUUUUAGGAAAGAUUGUUAUUUAUUAUUUAUUUGCCCACAGAGAACAGAAGUAAUGACCAGUUUCUUGGAGGUAGGGGAUGGAUUGCUUGUUGGGAGAAUAUUUAAAAGAUGCUUCAAAGAAGAUGAAACGUGGGCUUAUGUUUGUAAAAUUGGUUAACCCAUGUUCAGGGGAAGGAGCCAUUUACUUGUUCGAUAUGCAUCUACAGCAGCUGUUUGAAAUAAAAGUUUUCAAGGAAAAACACCAUUCUUGGUUUAUAAAUCAAUCAGUUCAAUCAGGAGGUCUUCUCCACUUUGCCACACCCAUGGACCCUCUGUUUGUGCUUCUCCACUACCUCGUGAAGGCCGACAAGGAGGGAAAGUUUCAACCCCUAGAUCAAGUUGUGGUAGAUGACAUCUUUCCGAAUUGCGUCUUGUUGCUGAAACUUCCUGAACUUGAGAAGUUACUUCACCAUGUGACAGAGGAAAAAGAAAUAAACAACAAGAAAUAUUAUAAGUACAGCAAAGAGAAGACAUUAAAGUGGCUGGAAAAAAAGGUUAAACAAACUAUGGCAGCAUUAAAAACCAAUCAUGUAAAUGUCAGUGCCCGGGUACAGUCAACUGCAUUUUUCUCUGGGGAUCAAGUUUCCAGUGACAAGGAAGAGGAUUAUAUUCGUUAUGCCCACGGUCUGAUAUCUGAUUACAUCCCUAAAGAAUUAAGUGAUGACUUAUCUAAAUACUUAAAGCUUCCAGAGCUUCCAGCUUCAUUGCCAAAUCCUCCAUCAAAGAAAAUAAAGUUAUCAGAUGAACCUGUAGAAGCAAAAGAAGAUUACACUAAGUUUAACACUAAAGAUUUGAAGACUGAAAAGAAAAAUAGCAAAAUGACUGCAGCUCAGAAGGCUUUGGCUAAAGUUGACAAGAGAGGAAUGAAAAGUAUUGAUACCUUUUUUGGUGCAAAAAAUAAAAAAAUUGGAAAGAUUUGAAACUUUGAAAAUGAAAUCCAACAAAAAUACUUGCUUUGUACUUGUUUCAUUUUCAUCCUUCCUGACCACAUUUUAGGGAAGGAAAAAAAGGGGGGGUAGUUUUCAGAUUCUCUUAAACAUUUCUUUGUGUUUGGUCUUUGUGUUCUUAAACAAAAUAUGGGAAAGUAAUUUUGUAAUUUCAUGGCCUUUGAAGUCUCAUUUGACAUCAUGAAAAGUAUUUAAGUGAAUAGAAUUAACAUAGAGCAUCAUGAUAUCCUCAAUAAACUGACCUGUGACAA